UCUCAAUUGAUCGCCUCCGCCGCUACACAUCCACGCCGUCGAGAAGCACUUCGGCACCGCCGCGGCCGGUAGCGAAGACUUCGGCGGCCUCCUCUCCGCCGAUACCGACGACCUGAUUGCCCUCGAGUUCCCAACCUGUCCGCCCUAGAGAACCGGCGCCGCCACGGCCGGCAGUGACGACUUCGGCGGCCUCUUCUCCGCCGACACCGCCGACCAACUCGCCCUCGAGUUCCCCACCUGCAACCACUUCGAUGGGUUCCAGAAGGCGACCAAGGAGAUGGUGAGCAACAAGAAUGGGACGAACACGCUCUCCAUCUUCGACAAGGCGUCAUCGUCGCCGCCGACUCCCGGGCCAGCAUGGGCGGGUACACAUGGUUCGGUCUUGGUACUAUGUUGAUAAGCGAGGGUGCAAGGCUCAAGGGAAGCCGGUUCUCUAACUCUCUUUACAAAUUCAACGUGUCAGUUGAGGAAGCUGCUGAGUUAGCAUGGCGGGCGCGGGCUUUUAUCACGCAACCUUUCGUGAUGGAGCCAGUGGUUGUAUUCAUAUUGGUCCUGCAGGAGCGCGGCGCUUUGCUGACCAAGAAGAUUGAGAGGGGGCGCCAAUUGCUAGAGAGCGAGAAGGCCCGAACUGCUGCGUUGGAGGCCUCAGUAUCCGAUUGCAUCUCAGCCGAGGAGCAAUAUUGCUAGAUGCGUCGUUGUCUUAGCUUGGUUUGGAAGGAGGCCAGCAAUUAUCAGAGCAUCACCGAGUUGGAUGCUUUGGAGGCCUGUUCCUGCCAGGAAUUAUUGUUGAAAAUGCGAGACGCUGGAGAUUCCAACCAAAACAUUACCUCCGGUCUCCGGGCAAUGGUGCAAAAUGAGAGAGUGGCAGAGGCCAACCUGCGGUGACAAAUCCAGUCCAUCCGGGAUGAGAUUGAAGCUUCAGGGACCGCCCUGCGAGAGGUCGGUCAAUGCAUGUCGGUGGAAUUGUCAGAUCAAUACGGCCAAAUAGCCAAGCUCCAGGAGGCCGCCCAAGGUAUUCUUCCGUAAAUGUAUGUUGUGCCGGAUCAAGACAGCCUUGGUGUUGUCACUAGGCGCUGACCCGUGCAGCAGGUUCGGUGUGGAUCUCGCAGGAUGUUGAUGUCCACUUGGGUCCGUUGAUCGAACGUGUAGCCGGAGCCCGGGAUCGCUGGUCGACCUCCAAGAAGCUGCCGCCAAGGAAGGAGCCCGACUCGUGCUUGCACGCUCGAGUCGCGCUGUAGCAAGGUCUCCACUCAUGUUGUUGCGACCUCCGUUCCUGAGAACCGCCCACUGACGAAUUUCUUUGAAGUCAAGGACACCGUCUUGAUGGUGGCGACUGGAUGUGAGCUUGAUGUGAGCCUGAAAGAGUAGGGACAUUUGUUGGCCGUGUGUGGCGUUAGGCAAUGUCUACUUUGUUACAAUUU